UCCACCCUACUCACACUACGUUCUCUCUCUAUCUCUCACCAGGGUUUUACUUUUAAGCUUAAACCCGCGGCCAUGGCGACGAGGGCAGCAGUGGCGGCGCCACGCGUUUUGCGACGCUUUUUCUGCUCAAACUCUGCUUCUUCUACUUUCCCUUUCGUUCCUACGCCGCCUGCGGGCGCUGUCCCCACUCCCGCACGGCCCACGGCGGAGCCCAACACCAAUCUCUUUGUCUCUGGGCUUAGCAAACGGACUACAACAGAAAAGCUUCGGGAAGAGUUUUCAAAGUUUGGUGAAGUCGUUCAUGCUAGGGUGGUAACUGAUCGAGUCUCAGGCUACUCUAAGGGUUUUGGUUUUGUGCAAUAUGCAACAAUAGAAGAGGCUGGAAAGGGCAUUGAAGGAAUGGAUGGCAAGUUUUUGGACGGUUGGGUUAUAUUUGCAGAAUAUGCGCGACCAAGACCACCUCCAGGACAUCUAAAUAACAACAGUCCUCCUUUUGGCCGGCAGUGAUUCUUGUUGUUUGUCUGAAAACAUUCUUAUGCCUCAUUGAACUCAUUGUCUCAAGUAGCAAUUGAAAAUCAUAAAUUAUUAUUUAGAUGCGUAUGCAUGAUGAGGUGCUCUUUAAUUAUCUAUAAAUGUUUUAGAUUAUUGUAAUGUAAGGAUAACCUAUAACGUCGUAAUGUCAGAUUUCCCUUCGAUAGCCUUUAGUAUUUGGUGGAUAUGUUGGGUAGUCCAAAGUAGCCUUUAGUAUCGAAGCAGAUGUCUGUACCACAUGGACUUACUAUUAUUAUACUUGAAAAGAGAAAAAAACUAUGUCUACGAUAUAUAAUCUUGUCA